UGCGAUGACGUGAUGACGUGACAGGGACUGGAAAGUCGAGCAUCAACAAGGUUUCGUUUUGAUGGAGGGACAGCUGUCUUCUUAGGUCAGGGCUUUGUAACCAGGCUCAGUAUUCACGUGGAGGCUAUGGACUCAGUCCAGCAGUGUUCCUGAUCGCCUCUGCCAGAGGGCCAUGUGUCUGCUCAGCCCCUGCUCGCAGUAUGAUUCUCCGUACAGUAGGGGGCACCACGCUCAGCUCCUCGUUCCCUAGCCUGGCCUUGCAGGCUGAGAGUGCUGGGGGUGGUAGAGGGCGCUGGAGCCCACUCUCCCUGAAGCCCCUCUCGGCCCUGCUCCACACUAUGGUCCCCCCCGGCUACAGCGCCUUGCAGGAAGAGCGGCUGGCCAUGGUGGACAUGGGCGGCCCAAAGCCGGAGCCGCACCAGAACGGCUUCCACCGCGAAGCCCGCCGCCUCUCCGACCGCGCCGGUCGUGUGUCCCUCGGCCACGCCGACACUGCCGACACCCGCUACGCAGAGACCAAGCCCAUGCUGCCCGAAGGCCGGCUGUCGGGCGAGGAAACCAGUGAGGAAGAGGAGAGUGAGGAGGAAGGCCAGCGGAACAUGCCGAAGGAGUCGCCACUGUCCAUGGCGCUCCAGAUCCUUGUGCCCUUCCUGCUGGCGGGGUUCGGCACCGUCUCAGCAGGCAUGGUGCUGGACAUAGUGCAGCAUUGGAAGGCCUUUACAUCUAUCACUGAGAUCUUCAUCCUGGUCCCUGCUCUCCUGGGCUUGAAGGGUAAUCUAGAGAUGACACUGGCCUCCAGACUGUCCACAGCGGUCAAUGUUGGGAAAAUGGACUCGCCUAUAGAGAAGUGGAACCUGAUUAUAGGGAACUUGGCACUGAAACAGGUUCAGGCCACGGUGGUGGGCUUCCUGGCUGCAGUCGCGGCCGUCAUCCUGGGUUGGAUCCCUGAGGGGAGGUUCCAGAUGAGUCACGCCACGCUCCUGUGCUCCAGCAGCGUGGCGACGGCCUUCAUCGCCUCCCUGUUGCAAGGCAUCAUAAUGGUGGGCGUGAUUGUGGGCUCGAAGAAGACGGGAAUCAACCCUGAUAACGUAGCCACGCCCAUCGCUGCCAGCUUCGGCGACCUGAUCACGCUGGCCAUCCUGGCUUGGAUCAGUCAGGGCCUCUUCAACUGCCUGGACUCUCAUCCAUACGUGUCAUUCCUGGUGUGUGCCUUCUUCAUGUGUCUGACUCCAGUGUGGAUGGUCAUCUCGUCCAAACACCCCGCCAGCCGACAGCUGCUCUACUCUGGCUGGGAGCCAGUCAUCACGGCCAUGCUCAUCAGCAGUAUUGGAGGUCUCAUCCUGGGUAAAACUGUGUCUGACCCUAACCUGGCUGGGAUAGUGGUCUACACCCCUGUCAUAAAUGGGAUCGGUGGGAAUCUGGUGGCCAUCCAGUCCAGCCGCAUCUCCACACACCUGCACUUCCACAGCGCCCCUGGGGAAGUCCCGGACGAGGCCAAGGGCUGCUACUACCCGUGCCGUACCUUCUGCGGCUCAGGAGCCAAUCACAGGUCAGCGCAGGUAUUGCUCCUACUGGUAGUCCCGGGUCACGUGAUGUUCCUGUACACCAUUCAUCUGAUGAAGAGUGGCCACACCACACUGACGACCAUCUUCAUGGCCGUGUACCUGGCUGCCGCACUGCUCCAGGUAUUCCUGUUGCUGUGUAUAGCUGACUGGAUGGUGCACUCCAUGUGGAAAAGUGGCAAAGACCCGGACAGUUUCUCCAUCCCGUACCUGACGGCGCUGGGCGACCUGCUGGGCACCGCCCUCCUGGCCCUUGGCUUCCACUUCCUCUGGGUCAUCGGGGAUCAGGACAGCGACGUGGGUGAUUAAAUUUGGUCACUUCAUCCUGAAGGUGGAAAUGUCGCAUUUCACCCAAACCUGGCCUUUGUUGCUAUGGGGUACCAGCCAGGCCAGUAUGUGGGACGUUCCUUUGCCUCUUCUGUUUGGCCGAUGCUUUAUGACGAUGGACCAAUGAGAAGCCUAGGAGGCAGCAGACCAGAUCUAACAGCCUAACAUCUAACAUUUAAUGUCUUUAUUUGACCACCAGACUAAAUUAAUAUUCUGCUCCUAGAGAUCAGGAACCUUCUUGGAUGCUGUGUUUUUGUUAUCGUUUCAUUCCCGUCGGAGAUGCCUCUGCUUUGUUUUCACCUCAUAGAAGUGUUCCUGAUCUCCACACAGCAAUCACCUUCCUUCACUGAGCCUGUUCUUUCAUUAGCACAUGACUUUCUCCUUAUUUCCUUUGGCCCCUUCGUACCACAGACCUUUGUUAAGGGGCUGUGGAUAAACACGUCCAACACACUUUUUUCCUCUUGGGAGGGCUCUCCGCUUUUUAAGCAAAUUUUGUUGCGCUGUGUUGUGGCACAUUGGGUCAGUCCAAUGCUCACUGGCCGCUGUUUACAUGUAUGCAGCUGUUAACGACAUGGGACAUGCGUGUCUGAGGUACGUGGGUAAUGGCGCAGUAUUUAUCUUUAACGUAAACAACGCUAGUUUUCCUUUCUGCAAAGCUCUUCCGAGGUGCCAUUAUGGGUGUGUUUCAGAAGUCUCUACUGGCUUCACGGGAGACCAGUUCAGUUGUGUCUCUCUGUGUGUCAGGAUAUUUUAUACUCACAAUAAAUGUGUACACUUUGUUUAUG